ACUUCGUCGCGAACGGUCGCAAUUUCCGCCGGGUUGUUCGAACGGUUGAACUUUGAACAAAUUUGAGAGCAAAGAAUAGUUGAUACUUCGAGAGAUCCUAGUCGGAGCAGAUGCUAUUUUGGUAGAGCAAAAGCGUUCUGUUCAACUGACGUUUCCGCUUAUCGGUCGUUCGUUUGAUUGUGUAUGUGUGUGUGUGUGCGCGCGAGAAUCGGUACGACGAGUGAUUAGAGGUUUUCGUGGAGAGAUUUGCUCACAGCAUCUCAGUUUCCUUCGUCAUCAUAAUCAGCACCAUCGGUAUCAUUACCGACAGCAGCAGUGUCAUCAUCGGGACACAGACUGCCAUCCUCCAGCGUGUAGUCGACGGGCAGAAGACUGACUGUGAGAGGACUCGCCUCGGAACGGACGGUCGCAGAGAAGUUCGCGAGUGAAAAUGGAGAAGAAAAACAUUAAUUAUUAAUUUGGUGAUUGAAAUUUUAGACCUUCGAUUGAGUGUUUUGUUGUUCAGUUGAAGUCUCCUAUUGUUUUGUCGUUCUGUUUGGAAUGUCGAUCUGUGAUCGAUUGCUGUACGACGACGGCCUUGAAAGUUCUACCGCAUCCAAUCGAUGCGACGUGAUGACCUCAGAGCAGGUCUUGACCAGAGCAAAGGAUUACUAACAGCAAAUGCAGAAAAUUGUAAGCAUAGGAUUACGUGACCGAGCGACUUGCUUGAGCGACGGAAACUGCAUCUUGAUCGCCAUCUCGAAGUGGUUGUUAAAAGCCUUCAAUUGGAAAAUUAUUUCAUUCCUGUAAGCAGUAAUGAUACACCACUAACCUAGAUCCUUGGUCAAGGGGCUGCUACGAAUACAUUAUAGUAAGGUGAUAAAAAGUGUAGAACUAUGUGAGAGCAAAUGCAAAACAAGAGCACCGAGGUGAGCAGCACGUAAAAAUCGAAACACGAUGACAGUGAAAUGUGAAGUUUGUAAAUAACAAUAGCGUGCCAGCGUCAAAAGCAUUGCCUCAUGUGCCAGGAGAAAAAAAAAUCAAUGCUUGUGCACAAAUUGCAGUUCUGUGGAUCUGACUGAAAUAAAGUCCGGAGGCUUCGGAACGAGCAGCUGUCACAAUAGAAUCCAAAGCAGAAACACGACAAUUAUUGCUCCGUGAUGAAUCGCACCGUGUGCACUGCACGAAAACAGUAAAGAUUCAAUCUGUCUCCAGUGAUUGACGAGGUAACUCGGAAGAAAGAGAAUUCGAACGACGGGAGACUGAAGCUCUCUCCCCUUCAGUUGAAUAGAAAAAAUAAAAAUAAAAAGGAAGCAGUAGGCUAUGGAAAAGUGCGCGUGCUUUUGUGUGCCAAUCUUUUCGCUAAUGGUGCAAAGUGAGGGCGGCUCCGCCUAGAACCGGCGACAGAAACGAGAGAGUCACGUUGUUUGGUCUGUCUUGACAGUUCAGUGCCACGUUGAGUGGAGAAACGAGCAGAGGAUGGUAAUCGUUUAAGUGGAUUUAUUAUGAUUUAAGUAGAGGAUUAUCAAAGUGAAACGAUACAAAAGAUGAAUAUGAAAGCAAUACACUACUCUCUGGUGGCUGCACUCGCUCUUAAACUGGUCGCGGUCUGCUACGGAUGCAAAAUUUCCGAAUAUCCCUGCAAAGGAGGAGCUUUCUGUGUGCCGCUAGAUAAAUUCUGUGACGGACGGGAUGAUUGCGGUGACGGCAGUGACGAACCCAAAAUGUGCACCGUUUGCAACCGAACAUACUACGGAGAUAUUGGACGAACGUACUCAUUAACGGUGCCGCCGCCGCUGUGGAACCGACUGCCGUUUCUGUGUCAUCUGACAUUCACAGCAUCCGGAAACGAACAGGGUGACAUUGUACAGAUCAUUUUUGACAAAUUCACCGUUGGUCGCUUCGAUGAAGGUCUCAUCGAUCCGGACAUGGAUUCGAGCGACGCAAGUCUAACCAGUGGAGGUGAUUUGCCCGGUUGCCCGGAAGGUUUUAUGCAGCUCAGCGAACUGGGUCGUCCCUUUACCGGUGGUUCCUGGUGUGGCAAAGCAUCCGGCCAUCAGCUCUACUUCAGCGAAACGGCAACGGUGACAGCAUCUGUCAAGGUUUUUCAUGCGCCGAUGCAGGCCGGGACACCGUUCGAGUUCCGCAUCCGGUACAAAUUCAUAAGUCAAUCAGAUGCCAUUGUCAGGUACGGAGCCCCGAAUGAGCUAUUGGAACUGGGACGAGUAACUCCCGGAACGUACUGUACCCGGCAGUACGACGAAUGCUACCGGAAAAAGUGUCGAUUGCAGAGUCCAAACUAUCCGGGAAUGUAUCCGCGGAACGUGACCUGCUACUGGACCAUCCGGCAGAAGGUGGUACCGACCUGCAAACAUGCGAUGGUUGCCAUCAGCCAGGAAAACGAACACAAAGCGCUGGUUAAGAGGUCCAUCGCCAGCCUGAACAAGACAUCCCGAGCGGUCCGGGCGUGGUCGGAUUGCACCGGAGAACGUGACCACUUGAUCUUCUACGAUGGCAGCAGCACAAACGACCCGGUCCUGGCCAAAUACUGCGGUGGCGACUGGCUGCCGAAGGUUGUUUCGAGGGGCCCCGAGAUGCUGAUUGCGUUCCACUCGAGUCCGUUUUCGGCACCGCUGCAGUCAGGCCAAUCGAACCGAGGCUUCGAGCUAGAUGUCGACAUCCUGUUUGCCGAUUCCGAUUCGUAUGAUUUCGCCCAGGGCAGCAAAUGCGAGUUCCACAUCAAUGCAUCCAAUCCAGACGAAGUACUGUUUUCUCGACGGGGACGCAUGGGACAUCUGCUGAGCCCACGGCACACGCUACCACCGAACACGACCUGUACCUACUACUUCCACGGUGUGCCCACGGAUCUGGUUUGGAUUUCGUUCACCAACUACCAUCUGCAGAUUCUGCAAACCACCGGAAGCGGCAGUCCCGAAAAUGGUACCAUCGGAAAGGGCGAAUCAACUCUACCGUGGCUAACCCGACUCCGGCUCUGGGACAGUAUCGGUACGUAUGUGCCACUGCGAACGACUUCACCGUCGUCCAUCAUCGGGACCUCGUCGGUGACCACGCAGAUGGCCUCGUCUUCAUCAUCCGCUGGUUCGUCGUACAGUUCCGGAGGAGUUACGCCAUCGGUAUUUGCCGGGACAAGCACUACGGCGUUGUAUCAGCAGAUGAUGAACCGCACCGUCGGUACCUACUACGGAACGGUCGGUCAGCAUGGAAAGAGCUUGAAGAUCAACAUCGACAACGUGUGGAAUCCGGUCGAUCAGUACAUCUACGGUCCCACCGUUAACAGUAUAUUCAACCAACCGCAGCAGCAACCGCAUCAGCAGAGCGGACUAGGAGCGGAAAAGGGACUGGUCUUUGGAGUGGGACUUCAGGACAAGUUUUCAAAGUAUUCUUCGGGUAGUGGGAAAGGUUCCAGGGAAGGGUCUCGAAAUGAUGUGCUGAAAGAACACGGAAGCCGAAAGGACAAAUCUCCCCGCAGCAAUCGACGGAUGGUGGCGGAGUUCUACGAUAACGAAUCGCCGAAGCUGUGUGAUCAUGUCUCACUGGAGACCAAGAACGAACGGAUGCGGCCAUGUACUCCUCUGGAGAGUUACGUAAGCACGGGAAGUGAUUUGAAACUUGAAUUCCAUACGAUGACGGGAACUUCGCUGUUUCCAUCGAACUUUGGCAUCAAGUACGAAUUUGUCGAUACAGAGUUGGGUGGGGAACCUUAUCUUGGGCAGAAAGGUGAGGAGGUGCCACUGUUAUGCUCCAGAGUUUUUCGCAAAAGAAAGGGAGACUUUCAGUCUCCCCGGAACGUGUUCUUGCAUGGCCGAGGUGGAGCAAAAAACAUCUCAUGUUUGUAUCGAUUCGAAGCUCCCGUUGGAGAAAGGGUUCGUAUCGAGCUCUUUAAUGUUUCUUUCGGAGAAUCGGCCGCCUGUGUAACCGAAUCCGAUGGUCACACGGGACGGGCAAAAUGUGUCCCGUCGGAAGCCGAUCCGGACGGUCGGGCUGGCGAGCUACGGCUGUUCGAUGUACCGUAUCAUGACGUUAAAAUACCCCUAGGUUGUUUCUGUGAUAACACCACCAGCUCGUACAAUUCUCCUUUAACGUUCGUGUCGAACUCCCGCACGUUGGAAUUGACCUUUGUAGUGACCAGAUUGAACAUCUCCGAGGACUUUGCCGAUGUGUACUUUCACGCAUCGUACGACUUCAUACGGGUGCCGGAGUGUCGGAAGCGUCUAAAAUUGCGUGGUUCCGGCGGAGAGGAUGAAGUUAGUUAUCCGUUACGAUCUCACGAAGCUAGCUGCGAUGGGUUGCCUUGGUUUAUCGAAGCCCAGCAACAGGAUCGUAGCCUGUUCGUCCGUACUUGGGGUAGUUUCCUUUCGUUGGAACCGGCUGCGCAGGAUGACUUCUCCAAGUGUAACACCCGAAAUCGUCUCAUGGUCUACAGUGGAAAGCCGUUGAAGGUUAUGCGAGUAAUUUGCCCGUCGCCUCCGUCCAGCCGUUCGGCUGCGUUGCAUAUAUUCUCCGAGGACUGGAUGAGUAGCCAACCGUUUUUGAACUCCGAUAGUAGACCGGUCAGUAUGGUGCUGGAACCGAUCCACAAAGAACCGGGAAGUAUUGCGUUUUCCUGGUUGGAAAUUCAACGCACCAAGGCCUCACUAAUUCAGCAGCUGGAUCUGCAAACCAACUUCACUGCCAAUGACACCCUGGUCGAGUUUGGGCUCUACCCGCGGGAAACUGAGUGCGAGCAUCGUUGCCCGGAGCUGGAUGCCUGCAUUGGAAGCGUUUUGUGGUGUGACGGUCGCCCCAACUGCCCGUCCGGGUUCGACGAGAGUGAGCAGGAGUGUGGCAGCCGAUUGAUGGAACUUCCCGGUGGAAUGUUUGCCGCGUUCGGCUGUCUUGCUGCGGCCCUGUCCGCCUGUCUCAUCUUUUGCGUACUGGCGAUGGUGAGAAAACGUCAGAAGUCCAACGAGAAACUGAAAACGGCGUCCACCUCGCUAAACGGUACCCUUUCCAAGAAGGACUACAAAAAGGAACCGCUAUUCUUCGAUCCGGACUCCUGACACGGGCUGCAACCGGUCGAAUACAUCCACGUCGACCGGGAGACGACCGUGUGACAUGUUGUUUACGUCGACAUGGACGACCUGGCGUACUGCUGAACGCACCACAAUCGGAAUCCUCAUAUUCUGAUGAUUCCCACCCGAUUAUUCGCCAAAAGAGAAAAAAAAUAAACACUCACACACACACACCCUGAUACAGGUGGGUAACUCCGAUAGAGACAUUUAUGAAAAUGAGUAGUAGCAUAACGUUAUUGAUAGAUACAAACAUAAAAUGGCGGUCAUAGACAGAUCCCAAACUGCCCAUAGUAAUCUGCAUUUGGAUGACACCGGUAGAGCGAUCUGAUAUCUUUCAACAAGUGGAACUUGAUAAACCAAAAAAAAAGUAUUAUAGAGAUCUUUUUAAAAAAAAACAUUUGUAAGAUUUUUAUUCUACAAAAAUCUUGUGAUUCGACCUUAGUUUUCUAUUAUAACUCUUUUUCUGAUUGGUCCGAGCGGCCAAACGAAUUGAUUCGAAUCGUCCCAAGGCCCACGGUGGGACCUGCUUUGUCCAUACAAAAAAAAACACCAGAAAAAACGUGGGCACGGGAAAUGGUGCCGAAUUGGAGUCAAACCGUAGUUAAUUUGAGCAGUAGCAAAACGUCACUAAACUAAGAGGGUAAGCAAAAACCGCAUCCUAACGCAAAUACGGAAGAGGAAAACUAGCCAAAUAUUUUUCAAACAAAAAUUAAAUUUAACAAAAAAAAGUAUAAGUCGUUACUCAAUGACACACAAAACUAAACUAGUGGAUAAAACACUAAACUUCUAUCGUAAGCUGUUACUGAUACACGUACCGGGAGAGUAGGAAGAAGAAGCAAAAAAAAAAAAGAGAAUGGAAUGCAUAAACGGUAAGAUUAUUCUAGUAAAUAACAGUGAAGAGCACUUGUUUCGGUUUUCCGUUUUCCGAAUGUUACCAAGCUCUUGUGUUCGUGUUACCUGUAGAUGUAAUUGGCGGGUUGGCGGUUUGGUGAGCGGCUGUCGGUAGUCACAAGCAAUAUUUUGUUCGGUUUUAGGAUAGAAAUAGCUAUCAUCAUGUUUUUAGCGUUUCUCUGGUUUUAUCAAUUUUUGUGUUUAAUGGGAAUAUUACUUUUUUUUUUGUUUCAUUCUUUUCGUUAUAGGAAUAAUGCAUUAUGAACUUAUUUUUGAAUCAUUUAUUUUAAAAAAAGCGUCACAGAAUAAAUUUAAAACAUCUUUUCAGUCCGACAUUAUUGCCGGUUCAAUGCAUAGGGCGCAUCAAGGAUGGCUUUUAUCGUAUCAAAGAACGCUCACUUGCAACUCAUCACACGAUUGAAUCAGUGCCAUCAAAGAGAGACGGAUAUCAUCGCAACAACAAAAACCCGGCAUGGCUCAUUUAACAUAGAAUCGACACCAGUGCGAGAGCGAAUUUCUCUCGAUGACCUGUCUGAGAAUCAAAGGUUAGCUCGCUGCUGUGGGAAUCCUCUCUGAAGCAACAAACGGUCGCUCUUUCUCGUUUCGCGAUCCGAUUGUAUACAGGCAGUUGAUAGAAUCAUUUUACUAUUGCCGCUUAUUCUAACUAUGUGCAUAUAACCUUUGUAUAAGUUGUGUCUAUGAAAAUGUCUGUGACUGCUCCUCGCAAGGGUUUUGAAAUAUUGCCACCUAGUAUGAGAAUCAUCAAGUCGAAUCAUCGAUUCGAUUUUCUGCGAUAAUUGCCAACUUACGAUACUCUCUCGGGAAAUUCCACACAGCAACGAUCAUUAUCAAACUGUACAUUUUUUUAAGGGCGUGAAAUACUAGGAGUAUGAAGUGGAGCGAAAAAGUGUAGCAAAAUUCUCUCACGGUUCAUGCAUUGAGAGACACGAUUUCUUGUAGCAUCUUCUACCGGGUUGAAAAUGUUGCAUACAAUAUAGAUAGCAAUAUAGCAGCUUCUGUCAAAUUUUCGGCAAUCACCAACACUGUGGCACAUGUCUAACAAGCCAGUUGUCGUAUGUUCGAGUCCCGACCAGGAAGAAUUCUUAGUGUCUGGCAGUAGAAUCGUAGCACCAGCCAUGCAAUGGUUCUGAACCGCUCUGAAUCGGCUGCAAAGUAUGUUGACAACAAAAGUCAAAUUUCACUGAAGGAAUGUAAUUCCAAGACUUUGCCUUGAGACGAGCGUCAAAAAUGACUCAUUUUCACUGUAGAUCUAAGCCAUAUUUAAACAAAUUUACACAUGAAAUGCUGGGAAUGUUUAGCAAAUUUUCAAACGAUUCUUGUGAAAACUAGUCAUUUUGCGAAUAACGUUCUCAUGAAUUGUGUCCAUGUCUGCUGUAAUUUUCAAAAAUUUCUACUAGCAUUUAUAAACAAGAAAAAAGCGAGUGGGUAAUGUUAGAGACAUAACUGGAAGACGUGAACAGGAACAAUACUGACACGCUUCAUUCGAACUUCCGAAUUGUAUUAGUUGUGUUGUUACUUUUACUGCUUCGCUUCCAGAAUUGUAACGGUACAUAUUCAUAAUUCAGGUAUAAAAGGCGGCUAAAGCAUGAGCCCUGAGGAAGACCCAUGUAACUGAAUCGUAUUGUCGACAAAUCACCAUGCGCGAAAUACAUGUAUUUCUCGGACAACAGAUUAUACAAAAAGUUAUUCAAAAUGGGUGAAGGACCAUGCUGAUGCAACUUCUCGGAUAGGAUGUUUAUGGAAACUGAAUCAAAAGCCCCCUUGAUGUCUAGAAAAACGGACGCCAUUUGUUCUUUACGAGUAAAUGCCAUUUGAAUUUCGGUUGAGAACAACGCAAGACAAUCGUUCGUUCCUUUGCCUCUGCGGAAGCCAAAUUGUGUAUCUGAAAGUAAGCCAUUAGUCUCGACCCAAUUGUCCAGACGAAACAGAAUCAUUUUUUCGAACAAUUUUCGGAUACAGGGAAGCAUAGCAAUCGGCCGAUACGAAUUGUGAUCGGAGGCUGGUUUCCCUGGUUUUUGAAUGGCGAUAACUCUUACUGGUCUCCAGUCAUGUGGGACAAUAUUAUCCUAAAGAAGCUUAUUGAAUAAAUUCAAUACGCGCCUUUUGGCAGAGUCGGGCAAAUUUCUCAACAAGUUGCAUUUGAUUUUGUCUAACCCCGGAGCUUUAUUGUUACACGACAAGAGCGCAAGUGAGAAUUCUACCAUCGAAACAGGUGUUUCGUUUCUGUUUGAUGAGGCGACGCGCAUGAUCGUCUGUUCCGGAACAGAGUCAGGACAUACUUUUUUAGCGAAAUCGAAUAUCCAGCGGUUGGAAUAUUCAUCAUUUUCGUUCGUGGUGUUAUGGUUACGCAUCCCAAGUAACAUUUUUAAUAUUAUUAAAUACUUGUAGCUGUCUUCAAUGCUACAUAAUAAAUCUUGCAAUAAAACUUUAAACUCCACGAAAGCCUACUGAAAACCUCUAUAAGAGCAUGUUCCUGCAAAGUGGACCAUUCUUCAUAAGGUUUAUAAAUCAAAAUGAAGAAUCAGCAUAAACCUGCUUUAAAACUCCAAAUUCAAGAAAAUUUUGAAACCAGCUUUACGAUCAACAAUAAAUUUCUUUGGAUGGAAUGAAUUCCGCUAUGAAUAAACUGUCGUUUUGAUGAUAUUUUUCUUGACUAUGUGUGUCAUGUCUACUUUGAAUGCAAUCAGUAAGUAUAUAUAUUUUAAUUACGAGUUUGAGACCUUUUCCGAACGUAAAAACUUCAUGCGCUUUUAUUUUUAUCGUGAAUGUAAGGAUAAAAAUAAGAAUUAUAACUAAUCGCCUUGAAACAAAUGCGGUUUUUGCGAAAGUUUCCAUGAUUUAUGAAAAUUGUUUUUUUGUGAUUCAUCGUCAUAUUUGUAUAAAACUACUCUGUGGCGAUAAAACUUGUGCAUACGAUCUGUAAAUGAAUCAUGAGUGUCAAACAUAUUUCCUCGUUUUUGCAUUUCGAAGUUUAUUUGAUGUCAAUAAAUGCUACGGUAUAGAGCAUCAUAAUGGCGGCCAUGAAAUUUCUUUUAAUGCAAAUUACACUUAACCUAAGCAAUAUUAAAAGUGUUUGCAUGGUUUUAUUCUAGUGCAAAUUGUUUUAUUUUUAUUUUAUUUUUAGUGUAGGUAAAGGGUUUUAUACAGGGUGAUUUUUUAAGAGCUUGAGAACUUUUUUAAACAAUAAAACGCCGAUGAGAUGAGAUUUUGCAAAUUUUAUGCGUUUUAUUGUUUAAAAAAGUUCUCAAACUCUUAAAAAAUCACCCUGUAGAAGCUUUGAAAACUAUGAUAUUACUGGUUAAAAGAGACACUUAUUAUAGUUGUCAUAAAACAGGUAGUGAUUGAUAAAUCAAUUACAAAACUCCAAUAAAUUAUAAUCAAAACCAUUAGGCAUUCGAAUUGUUACUUGGGAUUCGUCGGACCGUGUUCCAAGGAGUGCUCAUUGAUGUUUCUCUGGAUAAUCCGUCUACGAAUCGACGCCAAUAACCGCUUUUCUUCGCUUUAAUCUAACUUUUCAUUUUAGCAUCUAAUGCCGCAUAGCUUCAAUCGAAUGGUCUUAUGGUCUCAUAACUUGCAAUGAAUUUUAUCAUUAUCCGACUUCCGGUUCCGGAAUAAUAAGAUAAUAUAUGCAAAUCUACGAGAAAAUGCGCACUCACUUUUCUUGGAAAUUUCUUAACCGAUUUUCACAAAUUAAGAUGCAAAUUAAAGGUCUUAAAAUUAUUUAAAAAGUCCCGUAGAAGUUGAUCCAGAUCCGACUUCCGGUUCAGGUAUUACAGCGCGAUAUGUAAAAAUUUUCAUGAGUAUUCUUUCACAAACGACGCAAAUUUUUGGAAAAACUAACUUCAUCUAGUUGGCAGACCUUGUAAGUUAGUGGAUAUAUAAAUCUACUUUAGAAUUGCUAGUCCCCAGUUUCCGCUUGCGAAAGAACCGAUAAUAGUGAAGAAAAGCCCCAAAAACCGUGAAUUUCUUAACAACGGUUAAACCGAUUUUACAAUUCAUAAUUCAAAUUAAAGCUCUCAUUGUCUUAAAAGAUACUGUGCAAUUUCAUCCAGAUCCGACUUCCGGUUCCGAAAUUAUAGGGCGAUGAGUGUCAAAACACUACCGUCUAGCACACAGCGUGCUUUGUUCAAUUUUGUAUAGCGUGCAGGGUUGUCACAUUUUUUUAUAAGUAAAAUUUUUAUUGGGCUCAUUUGCGUUGGCUUAUCGUGGCCGAUUGUCUUGUUGUUAGGUGGAAAAGAGUGGAGACCGUAUUAAGGGGCGGCCUAGAGUUAGUAAAGGAGUGUCAGGAGGGUGGGACCUAUACUGUAUUGAUUUUAUACGAAUUUUGAUAUUACAAAUCAUUCAUUAAUAGCUUGCAUCUUUCAAACACACUUUGCAUUACCGGGUUCACGACGUUCUCCAGAUUGUAACGAGGAAGAGACUAUACUAGACUCGGAUGCUUUGUUGGUGUACUUUGAUGUUGGUGUGUCAUUUAUGGAUGGUUUCCAGCAAUUCAGCUUGACCAGUGUUUAGUUCGUUUGGGGUAGGACCACUGUAGAAGAAAGAAAGAGAAAGAGAGGGCACUAUGCGAUGCGCUUUGAGCAAAGAAGCUCGGAACCAAGCUUUCGUUGAUACCUGCGGUAUAAUGGAAUGUAACCACCGUCCUAGACAUCCAUCAUUCCAGGAGGUUUGCCAGCUUGACGAGAACGACUGAAAAAUUCAUUGAAGCAGAUUGGUCUUUCAUACACAGAAAAAAAUUAUGAAUUUUAAAGGUGACAGAAUUCUACAAACGAUACAAUUCACAACUGCUUAAUUUUUCAAAUGACGCAAUAUUCCACUCACACAGAAUUUUACAUGCUCCGAGUGUAAUUUGCACUCGACUACCAAGUGCCGCUGUAUGAAUUUAUAUUUAUCAAUUAUACAAUGAACAGAUAUGAGCCCUGUGGUUCAGUCGAGUAAUCGACAUAUAAUUUUCAAAUCACACAAUUUUACAUGUUCUUGAAUAUAAAUUUGUAUGAUAUACGGCGCUCCAUUUAUGUGCAACUUAUAAGAUGUAAAAUUACAAGAUUUUUUCGAACUGUGUAGGUUUCACCUUGUAAUGCGCCCACCUUUGCCAGUGAGUCCGCCAUCUCAUUACCCCUUACGGAACAAUGUGAUGGGACCCAAACCAAGGUAAUCCGGUAUGAUUUUUCAGAUAAAGCACUCAGUUGUUCUCGUAUUUUCCUCAGGAAAUACAGCGAGUACUUUCCAGGCUUCACUGAGAGAAGAGUCUCAAUAGAGCUGAGACUGUCCGAUACAAUGAAGUAAUGGUCUGUGGGCAAAGUUUCAAUGAUCUCAAGGGUAUACUGAUACUGUUUUCGUUUAUUGAUCAGAACAGCCCGAAAGCUGACCCAGAGUCGUCCAAAUAACGUUUGAUAUAUUUGUUUUAGCAACCUGAGGCCGCUCUAGAUCGGACUCCAAUCGCGUAGUUUCGCUCUGAAAAUUUUCUCGGGUCGCACCACGCAUCCAGCCGAGUUUGUUUAUUUUUUCUUUUUUUCAUGAGUUGUUGUUUAGGGCGCUUACCACGUGUUCGUUUUACUCGAAGUCAGAGUAGCCCGCGUCUAAGUUCAAAAACGAGAACGGUAUGAAUUGCAGCUUGUUCUGCGACGUAAACCGAAGCCGGAUCACUGAGUUUGUAGGAGGCGGUGAAAUUUUCAUUAAAAAUACCGAAGCCAGUGAACCCGUCGAGAUGUGAUCCGUCAGUGUAAAACAUUUUAUUACAGUCGACUUCUCUAAAUUUGUCAUUAACAAUAUUCGGGAUCACUUGAGGGUAUACGGGAUCCGGGAUUCCAUCAGUAUCUUCUUUCAUGGAUGUGUCGGAAAACACCAUAGAAUAAGAAGUAUCAUAGAAACGAACACUGUGGGGAUUGUAGGAAGAAGAAUUAAUGUGACGUGACAUGAAAUCAAAGUAAAAUGUCAUAAAUCGGGUCUUGGAAUUAAGCUCGACUACCCGUUCAAAGUUAUCGAUAACCAACGGGUUUAAGACGCUACAUCGGAUGAGUUGUCGAUAUGAGAGAUCCCAAAAACGGGUUUUCAACGGGAGAAUUCCCGCCAGUACCUCGAGACUCCCCGUAUGAGUCGACUGCAUAGAACCCGAGCCUAUACGCAAAUAACGAUACUGGACUCUUUCCAACUUGAUAAAGUGUAUUUUCGCGGCUGAAUAUCCAUACUCUAUCACUGACAAUACCGUUGUUUGGUACAGCCAUAUAAGAUCUGUUGGGUGAGCUCCCCACCAAGUCCCGGUCACUGUACGGAGAAAGUUGAUUCUUUUUUUGCAUUUUCGUUUCAAAUACCUGAUGGGACAUCCCCAGAUACCUUUGGAAUCGAACCAGACCCCGAGGUAUUUGAAUGAUACCCAGCUGUAGAGCCCAUGUAGACAAAGUGUCUAAGGUAGUUUGUAAUGGUCCUUGCAGGUCGGUAGACUUGGAUCCUGUAAUAAACACUACGCCAUCAUCUGCAAGUUGCCUUAACGUGCAAGAAUUUUCAAGACAUAUAUCUAUGUCAUUGACGUAAAAGUUAUAAAGAAAGGGGCUGAGGAAUGAGCCCUGGGGAAGGCCUAUAUAACUAAUUGGUAAGGUAAUCAAGUCUUCAUGUGUAAAAAAGCAUGUGCUUUUCCGAUAAUAAGUUGUGCAAAAAAUUGUUUAAAAAUGGGGAACGACUGGAAACUGACUGAAACUGGAAACUGAAUUAAAAGCCCCCUUUAUGUCCAAGAAUACUGAUGCCGUUUGCCAUCUUGUGAGCGAAUGCCAUCUGAAUUUCUGUAGAAAGCAGCGCAAGGCAAUCGUUCGUUCCGUUGCCUUUACGGAAGCCAAAUUGUGUAUCUGAAAGCAAGCCACUUGUUUCCAUCCAUUUAUCGAGACGAAACAGAAUCAUUUUUUCCAGCAGUUUCCGAAUACAGGAAAGUUUUGCAAUCGGUCGAUACGAGUUGUGGUCGGAGGCUGGUUUGCCCGGUUUCAAUAACCCUCACUUGUCUCCAGUCUGUUCUGUUCGACGAACUUGUUUUUUUUUAUUUAAAAGAUAUUUUUUAUUCAGGCCUUUUUUGCGUACAAGCUUUACGUGACUGAUUCUUUAAAUAAUUUUUUUUUGAGUUGGAUCUCGUUGUCACCCUUUUUCUAGGGGGAAAGGAGCUUCCAUUUCCCUCCUGCGAGGAUUGAGGUGCACUUCGUUCGUGGUUCGUCUCGUCAUCCAUUGCCGCAUCGAUGGUAUUGUUGUCGAUUUCCGUCUUCUUUUCGUUGCAAGUUUCUGUAGAUGCGCCUUGUUGUACAUUGGUUGCAAUUGCUUGUUGGUUGGAUGGUAAGUUGUUAAGUGCAGCUGGUGUACUUUGUUCUAUAGGGGAUACGUUGGAUGGUUUCGUUGAAAGGGAUGCUUCACUGUUGUUGGUGACUGUCACAGGUGUACUGGGGUUGCUUGAGGUUGGUGUAAAGAAAGCACCGUUGUCCUUUGGUAUAGUUGUCUUCUUGUCCGGUUUAUCGCAUGGCUUACCGUAGUGAACAGCUUUUUGGCAAUAUUGACAUGUGGCCAUCUGAUUGUCAUAGGUAACAAGUGAUUUGCACGGAAUUCUUGUAUCUUGACCAAAAAUUACAUGAGAAGGUAUAGGCCUCUUCAAGUGUAUGCGUAAUAAACGUACGCCAUUUAGAAUACCGAGGAAAAAAUUCUUCCACUUUUCUUUUUCGAUAGAGAGAAUCUCUCCGUAUUGGGACAUAGUUUUGCUAAUAUAUGAAACCGUGACGCUUGAGGGAAGAUCAUGCACACGCACUUCUAUAGCACUAUCUUCUAUAUAUACUGGAAUGUUGUACUUAAUGUUCUCGUGCUCCACAUAGUGCACAUUGUUAUUGUCUUUUGCGGAUUGAAUUGCAUCCAACUCUUUAUAAAACUGGAUGUAAAUAACAUUAUUUGUCUUAUUGCAUUGAAGUAAAUGCACACGUUUAAUGUCAAGUUGCAUUUGCUCUUUAAGCAAACCUUCAAGUUCUCGUAUCGAAAGUCGAAUUUUGCACUGCCUGAAGUCAACAACAAUUGUAUUCUUUCGUGUCGGCGGUAGCUAUUGUUCGUUUGGUUCAGUCAUUUCGAGGUCGUUCUAUUGUUCACUACACAAUACUGUACUUAGUUUCUUCUGUCCUCAACGUAAGCGGUUUUGUUUUAUCGACUGACUUGGAUGAGAUGUAAAACUGUUCGACGAACUUGUUGCACUAGUUCAACAGACGUUUUUCGCGACAUCGCGAUUUUUAAGCAAGUUGAAUUUAAUUUUAUCACGCCCUGGAGCAUUGUUGUUGCACGAUAAAAGGGCAAGAUAAAACUCCGUCAUCGUAAAGCGGGUAUCGUGUUCAGUGUAUCGAGAGGACACGACGCGAUAGGUUUUUGAUUCCCGAACCAAAUCCGGUCAAACUUUUUUGACGAAGUCGAAUAUCCAGCCAUUUGAAUAUUCUACGGAUUCGUUAUGGCUGGUUGCAUUUCUCAUACGACGGGCUGUAUUCCACAGAGUGGUAAUCGAUGUUUCCCUAGAUAGGCCAUUGACGAACCGUGCACAGUCUUUAACAAAAAUGUGUAAUUUUACGUUUUUUAUAAUUGUCUCGAACAUAGUAGAUACUGAAAAUAAUUGUGAAAAAAUUAUGUACAAAAAAUUGAUUUUAAGUGGUUUCAAACGAAAAUGCUUCAUAUAUCCGAAACUUUUGGCGUUAGACCUAUAGCCUCUUCGGCAAAUUUUUUUCUCGUUAGAAGUUCUAAAAUUUUGUAGAAGACAUCGUUUUUCUAUCUCUUAAGGGCUGAGGACAGUACCGUAAAGUGGUAGGUUUUUUUGCUAUUUUCCCGUUUCAAAUAAAAUUUUCUUGGAAACGGUGCAGAAUAUAGAAAAACCCACCUGACAAUGUCUUCGAAAUUUAGCUGAGAAUAUUCUGUGAAAUUUUCAGAAUGAUUCAUUGAUUUUAGCGGUCGUGUUGUAUUUUUUUCUGACUGAAGAACUGCUGAAAAUUGGAACAAUCGGAAAUGCAUACCUCUACUUGUUCAUCGAAUAUAUCGGCUUUGAAGGCUUGUAUCAUAAAUCUACCGUGACAAAGUCUAGAUAAUUUAGUUUAGAUGUGAUUAGUGCAUAAAAACAUAUAUGUUAUCGUGAUAAAAAUAAAGUCUUGUAUUUUUCUGUGAAGUCAGUUUCGAUUCAUCCUCCAUUUUUUUUCGCUUUGAUUUCCUGAUAGCAUUCUGAAAAAGGAGAGAGAAAUAAAAUUGUCUCGACAAGGCUGCCAAACACACAGACAUUCAAUCUUUGUGAAAGUUGAAUAUUUUUUCAUUGUUCAUUGGAAUCCAUGUAAUGUCCAACCCAUACGAUAGAUUACUGUGAUAAAACUUCUCAUCAAAAUAAUAAAAUGUAUGCUGGCAACCCGGUACAGUUUGCUCAUAUACGAGAGAGUACAAGAGAAAUACGAUGCGCAAAGGGAAUUGAGCAAGCCACGUGGUCAAUUUUAAACUCGACACGUGGCCCUCUGUCCUCAGACCUUAAGGGUUGUUGAAAUGAACUUUUUUCGUAGUAGGCUUUGCACAUUUUUUUAUGUGAUCAAAUCACGAGGUAUAUUUUUGUGAAUGAGAUCUCCAAAGGUACUAUGUAUAUCGGAUCAACGGUUUAGGAGCUAGAUAAUUUAGUUCACGUUUUUGUCGAUUCAAACCACUGUGCUAUGGGACUCUAAGACCUAUGAUUUCAAUCAAGGGUUGUGAAAAUCGUUGUAGUCAUCUGUGAGAAAUCGAAGUGAGUUCUAUAUUAGAGUUUUUAAAUUCCUCUUCUGGUGAAAAAUAACUAGCUAAACAAUUAUCAAAUCUUUGUUUUGCACCUGUUUUCCCAAAACAAAAUUGUUACUGAUUAAUCCAAACUAUAGGUUAAUUUAUAGAAUUUCCUAAAGGUGAUCCCCUCACUGCGCAAACCCCCCAACCGCCCCCUUGCCGCACCGUAUAAUCCUCACUGUGUAAAUAGUCCGUUGUAAAACAAUUGUACAUACUUUAGCAAGCUAGCAAAUGAAAUGGGACUGCUGAUAUCGUCCACGGUGAAAAUAGAAAAAAGGAAAAGUCUUUUGCGUACUUCAGUUCUCUAGCCUUCACGUCGUCAGCAGAAAAAAAUUAUAAAAGAAGAACAAACAAAAAUUCACACAAACACACACACCGGCACUAGGCGAUCAAUGUUGUAACAAAAGUUCUAUCCGAACGACACAGAAAAUAAAACAAAAAAGAAAUAGAAACCAAAACUAGGGCGGCAGCUAUGCUGUAGCGAAAUGGAGAUGAAAAAAAAAGAAAAUAGCGAUAAAAAUUCAUAGUACGAAUAAAAAAAGGAAUAUUUUUCUAUUAGCACAUUUACCCAAAAAGGCAAAUACCCUACAUUGCAAACAAACUUCUGUAGCAAACUUAAAGUGUGUGGAAUGUGGCCCAAAAGAGCCUUGCCCGGGAAUGUUAGUGAAAUGCCGGAUUUCAUUCGGUUCAGGCAGAGUGUGGUAGAACAGUGACGGAAAAAAACUACUGAAGACUUGAUUAUACGAUUAGGGCAGAGUAGCAGAAUUCGGAGCUCAAGUGGUAACUAAGCAGCAAAACAAGCGUCGGAUUCUCUCUUUAUAGAUGGGAGUUACUUUCCAGAAAAAAAAAUAAAAUAAAAAUAAAACGCAAUGAUUGAACUAAUAAAUACUUGAAAAUAAAAUAUAAAAAAUACUGCACAGAAACUUUCCAGGCACAAAUACAGAGAAAUGGUAAGUAAAAAGUGAAACAAAUGAAAUAAUUACUACUAGGAUUAUGAAAAGACAACAAAAAAAACAAAACAAAGCAUUAAUGAUCAAACCAUAGCAAACUAGGCGAACAAACUGAAUACAGUGUGUAAACACCGAUUACCGAAGAUGAUAGGAUAUUCGCGAGCUCCGUAUGAUUUCCGUUGUCGGGUGGUUAGAGGACAAAACUCAAUCAUUAGUUAUCUACAAUUCAAAGAAUAGUUACUAAAAACAAAUUUAUUCUAUUGAUUAUAUCUGAAAGAGUAAGGUUUAACCAUUGAUUCUGCUACAAAAGAUUAUAGUCUAUUAAAUAGGCAUCGCAACAAGCGAAAACCACUGCCGCCAGGAGGGUGGUGCUACAAUUCUAGAAACUACACACAAAACAAACUGCUGCCAUCUAUUCGAACUGAAACGCUAUAAACAAGGGUGGAAAGAAGAAGAAAGAAAAAAAACGGGAAACUCUUUCGAAAAGUUACCGUUCAGUUAGUUACUCUACCGUCUGCUGUUGAUUCGUUCCAUAGGUUUACCAAAUUGAAUUUUAUAUUUUCUGUAUUUAAUUUAGCGUACAUGCACACGAACACUUACACAAAACAUACACUGACACACUGUAAUAGAUUGACAGGUGCCGAGAGUAAAUAAAAGGUGAUUUCGUAUAAAAUACUAACCAA